AUGGUGACUUCGGGGGGCUCUGGCGCUCGGUUCUUCGCGCACCUGCUGACACGCCCGCACCCGCGGUCGCCGUUUCGUGGCGUCCCACCUCCCGGGCCCGCGCCGCGCGUAGCCGCCCCGAGAGGGCCGUGGUGUCUGUCCGGCGGGAUGGCCCACUCGCCAGCCCGGAUGUCGCCCAGUUCAACCGCGGCAGCGAGGGGCGCAUCGCCGCCCUCGUCGCCCGUGGCUGUGCAGGCACGCUCGCCGCGCCUGGGGGCAGCGCAGGCCGUCGCUGGCGACGCACCUGCGGCGCCGAAGAUCCUCAGACUUGCCGCCGUCGGGGACGUGCACGGACAGUGGGAUGACGCGGACGAGACGGCGCUGGCGAGCCUGGGCGCGGACCUGGCGCUGUUUGUCGGCGAUUUCGGCGAAGAGAACGUGCCGCUCGUGCAGAAGAUCGCAGCCGUGGAUCACAGGAAGGCCGUCAUCUUGGGCAACCACGACGCGUGGUACACCGCGACCACCGGCGGCGUGGCCAGGCGCGAGCGCAGGCGCGCGCAGGGCGUCGCCGCGUUCGCGGAUCCGUCUGGCGGCAAGGACAGCGUCAAGCGACAGCUCGACGCGCUGGGCCGGUCGCACGUCGGGUACGGCGCGAUGCAGUGCAAGGACCUGGGGCUGACCGUGCUGGGCGGCCGGCCGUUCAGCCGCGGCGGCGGCCCCGCGGGCGGGCGGUGGGAGCAGGAGCGCGACUUCCUGGAGGCGACCUACGGGGUCCGGGACCACGACGCGUCCGCGAAGAAGAUGCUCACGACGUACCUCGAGCAGCCCCUCGACGCGCCCGUCGUGCUGCUCGCGCACAACGGGCCCUCGGGCAUGGGGACGAUGCACCACUCGAUAUGCGGGAAGGACUUCGAUCCGGACGGCGGGGACUGGGGCGACCCGGAUGCGGAGAUGCUGCUGGACAGGUUGGGGGAGUCGCCUGACCUCGGUCGCCGGUGGUGUCCGUUGAUGGUGUUCGGCCACAUGCACGGGACGCUGCAGAAGGGCCGCGGGGAGCGGCGGAUGGUCGAGAUCCACCGUGCGUCAGGCACAGUCCUGCUCAACACGGCGGUGGUCCCGCGGCACCGGAAGCCGCAGGACGUGUCGGAGUCGGCAGCCGCGGCAGUGGAGGCCACGGGCCGGGCGGAGGCGCUCGCGGGGUCCGUCCUCCGCAACUUCACGGUCGUCGAACUGCGCGACAGCGUCGUGACGAAGAUCGAGCAGGUAUGGGUCGCCGUGUGGGAGGCGCGGAGCGACGACGGCAACGGAGGCAGCGGCGGCGACGCGGGCGCCUCGGUGGUGGCGCGCGUGCCGCUGCUGAGCCUGCAAGGGGUGUCGCCGGGGCAGGCCACUGGCGAGCCGGCCAGGGGGCUACAGGCGGGGCCACGUGGGACGGCGGACUAUCACGUAUGGUGCUGCAACAACAGCGAGUGGGAGGUCACCACGGGGUCGGUUCCCGCGCACGUGGCGGCGCGAGCACCGCAGACCGCGUGA